AUGAAGAUGGUUUCUUCCUUGUUCAAAACUCUGUUUCUUCUUGGGUUAAUUGCGUUGAUCGCCUUUGCCGUGCAGACAGCUCAAGUUGGUGCAGAUGCCAGGUUGAGGAAACUGAGCCAUUUACCAAGUCCACCACCUCCUCCAAAGGGAGCCCGCCCAAUUCAUCAGCUGCCACCUCCAAAUGAGUAG